AUAUGUUCUGACAAAGAAAAUUUAUUUGACCAAUCACAUGUGUGCGGAUUCAAGGAGCAAGCAACAGCGCGAGACGGCCGGAGCUCAGGACGCCGAGCAGCAGAGGCAUGGAUCCGCUGGAGACACAGAGCAGCAGAGGCAGCGGAGUCGCUGGGCCGCGGAUCCGUCCGCCCGGAGCUCAGGCCGCGGAGCAGCAGAGGCACGGAGCAGCUGGAGAUCGACCGGAUCCGUCCGCCCGGUAGGCCGCCGCGCCGGUGAAGAUCCAUCCGCCUGGAGAAGACCGGCACGCCUGCCUGCUCCAGCUCGAGGAGCGCUGGAGAUCCACCCGCCUGGAGAAGACGCUGCCGCGUCUGCCUGCCUGGACAAAACCGGCAGGCCGCCGUGCUUUCGAAGAAUCAGGCCGCGGCGCCAGUGAAGAAGCAAGUCGCGAC